AAUGUGAGCUAGAGUACGUAAUUUUAUGAUAGUAUUCUCAUCACCUUCCCUCUCACUUUAUUUGCUCAUUUAUUAAUUGGCAAGCAUUCCGUGAACAAUACCAAUAUAUUUAUUGGUAAGUGCGUCGCAUUGAAAUGGGAUUCAGUGUAUUUGUCUUAACGUGGGAUAUCGAGGGCAAAGUUCCACGAGGUGAACUAAAAGAACUAUUGCUUAGGAACCCAGCCCCCGAUAUUUACGCAAUCGGAUUACAAGAAUUGGAACAGAAGCAGAAUGAUAGAUUCUCGUACAGCAGGCACAAUGAAAAGAAGGAUGACAAGGCAUUGGAAUGGGAACAAUGCUUGGAAAAUACUUUGCCAGGUUAUGUAAGAUUGACCACGGCAAAAUUGGAUGGCACAAUUCUCUUCAUUUAUAUUCAGCAAAGCUUAACCGCUGUUGUAGAGAAUUUGGAAUUAAAAUCGUGUGGACCGUAUUCGAGAGGGGAUAAAGGACCAAUAGGUGCAAUUGCAGCACGAUUUGAGAUGGGUGGAGUGUCAUUUUGCUUCACAAACUGUCACUUGUCCGCACAAAGUGAAACACUGGAGGAACGAAAUCGAGAAUUUUAUUUGAUUUGGGACAUUCUCAAAUUCCCCAAUGGUCGUUGCAUUUAUGACCACGACCACGUCUUUAUGCUGGGCAUCCUAAAUCAUAGGGCGGAACGUGGGGAAAUAUUCGAGGGAUUUGUAGAAGCUGAGGAGGACAGAAUGAUUAAGAAAUAUGAUUCUGACUCGGAUUACGAGUAUUACGGGCGUAAAGAAGAGAUGAGAAUUCCUGGAGGGUGUGACCGAAUUUUGUAUAAAGGAUACAAAGCCGGUUAUAAAGUGGAAGAGUACCAGCAACACCCAUAUUUCAGAAUGAGUGGCGAGCACAAACCAGUGACGGGAUUUUAUCGGUUCAAUUUUCCGAGCUAUGUCGAAAUCAAAAAUUCUGUAGCGUGGAAUACUUAAGAUUUUAGAUCUAUAUUUUCACUACUUUGUAAAUACCAUCUAAUAUGCAUAAUCAAAUUCAUUACGACAUAAUAAUAAUAACACAUUUAUAAUUUUACUUACUUACAAAGCUGUGAUUUUUAAUGGGUAUGACGUAAAAGUGCAAAUAAAUAUUUUACAUAAAUUGCA